AUGCAGGAAGAAGGUGCAGCUAUUAUGCUGAAGGAGGUAGAGAAGGCGACAAAGCUUCUCUCUUACGCAACUACUACAUCUUCCAAUGAGUUUUCCCGAGUUUCGUUGGCGGAUGUUGAGGCGUUAAGCCAAGUGAUCGACGAGCUUCAACGUGUUGUGACAUCGUUCAGCUCGCAGCGUGUACUGGAAAUAUCGGAGUCACAACUAAUGAGUGCUGGAGUGGAGUUAUAUAACGCGCCUCGAUCUGCUUUGCGUGUUUUAGCGCAAGUGGAGAAGUCCAAGAAGCUAGGAGAAGAUAAGUCUACAAGCUUUCCACGAUAUCUACUGGUACUCACACGCUUUAUAGCUACAAAGAUCAUGGGAUUAUCACUCAUUUGUCCUAAAGAUGGCGACAGAAACAGUGUGCAGUUUAUGGAGCAAUGCGUCGACGUGCUGCGCUCUUAUGGUCGAGUUGGGAUGCUAAUGUUGGAGAGCGCGUCUGCUGAGUGUGGAAAAUGCGAAGAAUAUUUAGCGCUGGCAAAUGAGUCGCUUCGUUCUUCAAUGCAGCUUUGGUCUUGCAUUGGUCUCACCCAUCUUACAAAAUUCAAGCACGGUUUGGAACUGGAGGACACUGUUGAUGAUUUGUGGGACUUCUGUGUGGACCGUGUGCGAGUGCUUCAAUUGCUUGCCGAGAGCUCUACUAACUCUUCGGAAGAAUUUCGAGAUAUCGUGUCGUCACUGCAUGAGCUGAAGAUGCUCGCCCCAUAUAAAAUCUCGUACGCAAGUAGCUUACUUGAUCUUAUGACGAGUGUGAGCAACGGAUACGGUAAAGCGGCUCGCCACGAGCUGCAAAUUUCGUUCGCGGAAGAAGCGCUGCGUAUUUGUGACUCACUCGAAAAUGAUGGGGAUGAAAGCUUUCCAGAGCUAAUUGCCUCAUUCAAGCAGCAUAUGCUUGUGACUUUGUUGCAGUCUCUCUGUUCAACUGGCGAUAUUGAGCGAGCAGAGGCAUGCUAUCUUCUCAUUCCAGCUAGCCGAGAGCCCAAAGUAUUGCUGCUCAUGACCAAGCUCUACGUUGAAAAGAAGCAGUUUGACAAAGCAAGCCGAUUGCUUUUGUUGCUGUUUGAACAGGAUUGCCUUGAUGACUCCAUUUUAGGAGCCCGCACAUAUGCCCAGGGUCUGUCCUUCUCCGACAAAGGAUUGGACAUUUAUCGGGCGCUCAUCGACAACUACGGGGAUGCCGAAUUUGCCAUCAAUUUGGAUAUUGCGUGCAGCCUUGCUUUUGAUGAAAGCAAGAAAUACCAAGCAAUGAGUGAGCUUAAGCGUAUCGGCUGUGUUCUGUUGGAAAAUGAACGGGAUGGAGAAGUUGUCGACGCCAAACAUAUUCAGCAGGUCCGACAGACCAUAUUUGAUGCUCUUCAGCAUGCACUGAAUUCCAACCAGCAUGAGGACUGUUUGAAAUGGGCAGAUGCUGGUCUGGCUACAACUUCAAUUCCACAGGACCAAGCAACGUACUUGAGGAUCAUGUCCCGCUCGUGCCUCCAAUUGGGCCGCAAAUCUGAAGCACUAGAAUGGGCUGAAAAGGCUUAUGCUACAGAACCAUCCAAGCAGUCUUUGUUUACGGUAUUUCAAGUCACACUUGAAACAAAGCCAGAAGUCACAGAAGAAGAGCUAGUGCGUUUCAUACAGCAGCUACAGGCCAGAGACGAUUUUGAGAUUGAGGACUUGCUUGCAAUGGGAAAGCAAGCUAGCAAUCUUGGUUCAUCGAGGCAAGAUCUUAUGAUGCAUAUUUUAGAUGAGCUUUGUAAUAUUUUGCUGCAAGCCGAUGACUACCCGGCAAAUAUUUCGAUAGCAGUUGUUCUGCAAAAUGCAGCGCAACUCGCAUACAGCAAGUUCGCUCGGCAAUGUGAGUCAAGCGACACUUCGGAAAACUCAUAUGGCGAAAAAUUCGUGUCGUACGCUAAUGCGCUGUUGCAAGUAUCAAGACCGAACUCCAUCGAUAAGAAAGAAACUGUAGGACCUUCUUCAGUCUUUGAGUGGUUCUUCCGGAUGAGCUUUGACAUUGCCAAAAGCACCGAAGACUCCAGAUAUUUUAUCAUAGCAGCCAAUAUCGCAGAAAGAAGCGAUGAGCUCUAUUGCGAAACAUCUCCACUCAAACAUCGAUGUCAUCAAUGUUUGCUGGCAGCAGUGAGUUCUGACAUAAAGAAAUUUGAGACGCUGGAUAAAAGUCAGCUUUUGGAGCUUCUUGAAGUGAUUGAUCGGCUUAGAAGUAUCGAUGUUGCAGAUACAUCGGUCGCUGGCGACGUCAUGCGUUAUUUGGGGAAGGCGGAAAUCGCGGUGAAAUUGCGGCUAUUCGACGCAAACACAAAAGCGAUUUUUGAUCUUUGCAUGACCACACAGCACAGUACUCUAGAGCUCAUGGAGACUGGAGAGUUAGUCUUAUACGCAGCAAAAUUCAGCGAGGCGUCUGAGGUUCGCGAUAGCUAUCUGUUCCUGAGUCGACAAAUAUUUAAUUACGGGCUUCAAAUGCUGGUUCAAGCGCCCUCAAUCGACUCGAGCAAGUUGUGCUAUUUGCUUCGACGUCUUGUCACGCUGGCAGAGUCAAAGACGAAAGCAUACGAGUGCUUUGAGCAACUGCUUCAGUUCAUUUAUAACAUGGAUGUGGAGAUGUCUGAGAUUGACAUGGAGUGGUUUGUCGCAAAAGCGUGGAAUAUCGGUGUGCUCUGCCACCGCGGAAGCGAUACUGAAGAUGCCCUCAAGUUUAUGAAAAUUGCUCAGGACGUAAUGCAACGCAGCGAGUCACUGGUGGAAAAACUUGGUAACGGGCUCAACCAUCAGUACCAGGAGCUUCUAAGAAUGAGGGCCAGUUCGACGUGCGACGGAUAA